AUGAAUAAAUUUCUAAUUUUAGCAGAACUUAUUCAUUUUCUUUCAUUUGUGUUGCUCUAUUAUAAAAUAAAAAAAACUAGAAGUUGCUUAGGGAUAUCUUAUAAAACUCAAGAAAUAUACCUGCUAGUAUUUUUAACAAGAUUUUGUGAUUUAAACAUUCAUUUUGAAAUUAUAGAUUAUGUGCUAAGAAUAUUUUACUUAACAUUCACAGCUCUUUUAAUUUAUACAAUAAGAUUUUAAAAACCAUUUAGUUUAGUAUAAAAUAUUUGUAAAAUUAGACAUAUUAAAAAGAAUAAGAUUAUUCUUAAUUCUAUAAUUACAUAUACCCAACAGCGAUUGUUCUGACAUUAAUUUUUCAUACAGGAACUUCAUUAACGUAAAUAUGCUAAUCAUUUUCAAUUUGGUUAGAAGCCUUAGCAAUUUUACCAUAAAUGAAUUUAAUGUAGAAAAUUUAAGAUGUCGAGAAUUUAGCAGGAUAUUAUGUAUUAUGUUUAGGUGUGUAUAGAGGGCUUUAUGUUAUAAGUUGGUAUUGUAGAGUAUUUCAUGCUGGUUGGUGGUGUUCAACUACAAUUUUCGGAGGAACAUUAGCAGUUAUUAUCUAUUCAGAUUUUGUUUAUCUGUUUUUUAAGAAUAAAGGAGCUUUUAAAGUUUUUGUAUGAGU